UUCAGGAUUUUCUACGCGUCAGUUCAGUUCAGCGGCGUGAAAUUUUCCGGGCCUGAAUAAACCGGAGACAGAAACGAAGCAGCGGAAAGAGACGGAAAUCGGAGUAAUGGCAGCCAUGGCGUCGUCCGCUCCCACGGCCGCGAAACCCGUCGCUCUACUGCCAGCCCCAAUCUGCCGCUGCGGCGGCGGAGGUCUCAGAUCGACGCUCCUGGCCCUGAUGCCGCCGGCGGCGGCGGCGGCUUCCCGGUUCCGAGUCUCCGCCUCCGCCUCGGACGUGCCCGAUUUCCUCUCCUCCGACUGGCUCGAAACACGGAAGAAAAAGCCUUUCGGCCCCAGGUUGAAUUUUAAUGCAGAAGAAGCAGUAGAAUACCAACUUGAGGCAUUAAAAUACAAUGAUCAGCCACGCCAAGAUUAUGGGAUAGAAGUCAUGUACAGGUUUGCAGGCUUUGAUCCUUUUGAGAGAUCAACUUAUUUUGGGCGACAAUUUGAUCUAGGACAGUUUGAACGUUUCCGGCGGAUAUUUCACCAUUCAACUUAUAGGGUUUUGCUUGCCCACAAAGAAAGAACUAUAUUGAGCAGUUUAUGGGUUGAAGAGAACCUAUAUAAGCAAAGAGUGUGGGUUCGAGGAUCACGUCCGGAGGAAGAAGCUAUAUUUCAGUUUACAAUGGUUCAGAGGGUUGGUGGCUCAUGGGAUGGGUACUGGUUAACUGAGAGCUUAAUCAAUGAUGAUGGAGAUGCACUCUCAGGUGGUCUUGCUUACUGACCGAUAUGUGUCUUACACUCAAGCUUCUAGCGUAUUGAUGUACUGAUGAAUCUAGAAAAUUAUAUAGCCGUGCAAUUAUGCACGGUUGGUCCAGAAAUAGGUUUUCUUUUUUUUUAAAAAAAAAAGAUUGUCCAGUUAUAUGUCACGGAAAGAGUAGCAAUAGUACAUGUGCUGUGGUAGAAUUGACUGCGACACUCCCAUUCUGGGAGCAUUCAAUAUGUCAAUGGUCAAACACGCCGCUAUUGUACAUAAGUUUGGCGGCUGUAUGGUUGUUUAUGAAAUACCGUCAUCUGGAAAGCUUUCAGCGAUAGCUCAAUGUGGAUGUUCAGGUCAGGAAACGGCAUUGUCAGAAGAAACAAAGUCCUAUAUACACACAUCUAUGUUUUUAUUUUGUGUACGCUAUGAUUGUCUAUUGCUCCAUCCAAUCAGAAGUUGAAUUGUUAACUGCU